AAUUUGCCUGAAACGAAAGCAAACACAACACCAGGCGGUUUAGUCGUCACUGGCUGUCAGGGCGUGUUUUCAAGCUAAGUUAAGCUUGGCAGGGAGGAGGCACCAGGCCGGGCAGACUUUAUUUCUCCUCUAAAUUUGACCUACUGAUGUGUAAUUUACAGUAACUAUGGAUUUCGACGCGUUAUUUAAUGAAAACACGUUUCAGUUUUCGGACUUCCAGGAGUUCACGUUUCUUCCUGGACACCAAAAACUGAGCGAGCGAGUGAGAAAAAGACUGUAUUAUGGCCUGGACAAAGAUGUCUCACUAGAUGCCCUUUCUUGCCCUGUUACAGAUAUUGCUGUUGAAAUUUUCCAAAAGUCUGCCCCGAGCCCAAUCCGAAAGCUCCAAAAGAAGUAUGCUGCUCAUGUUGCAAGGGAAGCUUGCAUUUCUCCAUGUGCCAUGAUGCUGGCAUUGGUUUACAUAGAAAGACUCCGACACAGAAACCCAGAGUAUCUGCAAAAGAUCUCCUCGUCUGACCUUUUCCUUAUCUCGAUGAUGGUUGCCAGCAAAUACCUCUACGAUGAAGGUGAGGAAGAGGAGGUUUUCAAUGACGAGUGGGGAGCAGCUGGGAAACUGGACGUCCAAACGAUCAACAACCUGGAGAUGAGUUUCUUGAAUGCCAUUGAGUGGAGCCUCUUCACAGAGCCAAAGGACUUCUUUGAUAUACUCCGCCACCUGGAAACGAGCAUUGCGGAGAAGCAAGGAAUGAGACGUGGCUGGUUCACCUACACUGACCUGUGUGUGCUGCUGGAUCACUCCGCAUGGAGUCACGCCCUCGCUGCCAUCUAUCAGCACUUUGUAAAGGUGUCCUGUAUGCUCGGCCUGGUGUAUCUGACCAGUGUAGCCGGUCUUAUUGCUAGCAGUGCCGUUGUGCACCAGCUCAGUCUGUGCAGAGGCGACCAAUCCGCGCUGCCUUCGUCAAACGAAAUCGGCCUCCUCCCGACCCCCAGUCUCAGCCCAGAAGCAGCCACGCCGGCCCACCGCCCGCCAUGUUGUGUUCUGACCAAUAAGUCUCUGAACGGUCAAACCACUUCUCUUGAAAUCAGCCAGCAAAACAGACAGAACAAUUCUCCGUCUGGUUCUGCAAAAAACUCUGUUUUGUGUCUCUGGGGUUCUCUGCUGGCCUCCAUGAGCCGUGCACAUCGUGUCAAAAAUCCCAACGCGGAAUCUCCCCGAGCCUGGCCGUCUUCCUCCUUCGACUGUUCCGGCUGUCUUCCAAACCUUCCUCAUCUUCAGUGUGUACUUCGAAACACCUCGGCACUCCCUCGCCUCGGUCCUGUCAAACCCUAUCCUCAGUCGGCGUGGCUUUCCUCCAGCCUGAUGGGAGCCGCAGGAUCAAGCCUGGACUCACACUUUAGGGUGUUUUCAACUGUAGAUCUGUUGCCGUGCCGACCUGAGGCUCUGCUCAUGCCUGGCUAGAGAGGCGUCGCCCAUUGUCAUGCUGGAAACACCCCUGGAAACCGUAAAAGCUUUUGUUUUCAUGACUCACCACUGUCAUGUUGUUAAGAGCGCAGACGUAAAGUGGCACUUUUAUUUUUACUGAGGCGCUCUUAAGGGUGACAAAUCUGCUUUUUCAUAUUGGGAUGAACAAGAUUUCUUCCGAAUGUCUUGAGUUAUACAUGAUAAAAAUUGUAAAAAAAACAAGAUGGCAUCUCAUCGGGGCGGUUAGCGUAUUUGUUUAAAGGUUGCUAAGCAUAUCUAUAAGAAAGCUUUCCAGUGAGCGCUUAUCUUACUAGCUUUACAAGGAGGACGAAUUUAACCAGCAUAGGCUGUUUCCUAAGUUUUCACUUUGCUCAUGCRUACUCUGCGUUACCAUUUGUCUGUUCUUCUAUCAGUUUGGGUCAGAUUUUGGUCAAAUUUGCUGCAAGCACUGAUUUUGUUUUGUUCAGAGUAAGUAGUUGGGGUUCGAUACCUGCAAAGGAAAGUGUCAAAGUGGAAGUAGACUACUGAGUGGAAGCUUUAUCUGCAUAUCCAAAUGCACCUGUCACUUGUUUCAUUGAGAUUAAAGACAUGCUGUUUUCUCUGCAAUA